AUGGCUUCUUCUUACACGACAGAACCUCCGGCGACGGCGUCGGUCUUGCUCCAUACGAGCGCGGGACCUCUAACAAUUUCCCUGUUUGCCAACCAGACACCGUUGACAUGCCGGAACUUCCUGCAGCAUGUAUUGGACGAGGAUUAUACGAACAACGCCUUCCAUCGUGUAUCCCCGGGCUUUGUGAUCCAGACUGGCGAUCCAACAGGAACAGGCGAAGGCGGACAGAACAUCUACGAGGAUCGAGAGUUUGAGCGGUACGAUGAGGACUGGGCAAGAGUGCUCGGCCGCGAGAAGGAUGAGAAGAUCAAGUUCGGGGAUGAGAUACACAGUCGACUGAAGUUCAACCGUCGGGGGUUGGUAGGCAUGGCGAAAGGUACCGGUCCUGGAGGUGGCUAUGGUACACAGUUCUUCAUCACACUGGGAGACUGUAGAGCGCAGUUAGAUGGAAAGUGUACCAUGUUCGGCCGUGUCGAGGGAGAUGGGAUAUACAACGUUGUCAAAAUUGCCGAAGGCGAACUGGUUGAAGAUACGGAACGACCUUUAUAUCCCGAAAAGAUCUUAAGGGCGGAGAUAAUCGAGAUACCGAAAGGAGAAGCAUGGCAAAAGAUGCGAAAGAGGGACAAGAUUGCUCAGCGUGUUUCCGAAGCACCAACAAAAAAGAAGGUUACGAAGAAGAAGGGUGUAAAAACACUACUCAGCUUUGGUGGCGAUGAUGGUGAAGACGACAGUGCAGACGUCGCAGUCCGGCCGAGGAAGGCCAAAUUCAAUCCCGCUUUGAUCGAAGGGGGCGACAGUCACGAUUCUAAAUCAGUACCACACCCAAAUGGUAUUUCUAAGAAGGGAGAAACCUCUGGGGAGAAGAGGAGGCCAAAGUCACCCUCGCCAACAACGACGAUUCCAAAGAAACGGAAAACAAGCCCUGAGCCAACCGUCAAAUCUGAGUCGCCAGCUCAACGGAGGAAGCCAUCAUUCCACGAUCCAACGACACAAUUACCCUUACGUGACCCCGAAUCUCCCUCUCGCUCACCAACACCGGAUGGAGUACCUACUAAAUCUAAAGCCUCAACGUUGCAAGCAGAAAUCGAUGCGCUAAAAGCAUCGAUGCGCCGGAAUGUGGCUCCAACCAACGAAUCAAAACAGAAAAAGUCUGCAUUAGAGUCUCUCAUACCGGCAACAAGCACGAGAGGGCGGAAGCGGCCGCGGCCUGGCGAGAGCAACUCAAAAGAGGACGCCAGUGCGUUGAAGAUGCUCAAUGCCUUUAAAGCACGACUCGAGGCUACGAACGCCAACGAGACCACCAAAACCAAUGGAAAGAAAUUAGACUCAAAGCAGGAGGCUAAGUCUGAAGCCGCGCCGCCAGAAGAUGACGAUGAAGCGGCCCUUUGCGAUUUGCAUUUCAUCGCUAAUUGCCAGUCCUGCUCGCGAUGGGAUGAAGCAGACCCUAAUGCGGAUGACGAAGCGGAUGAUGAUAAACCGUGGAUGAGUCAUUCGUUAUCAUUCGCCAAGGAUAGAUUAGGGAAGGACCUGACUUGGAGAAAGAAGAACGAAGAGGAGCUUGUAGUGAUUGAUCCCGGAGAGAGGGAAAAGGAUAUUAAACUGGAGAAGCGGAAGGGGAAGGAGAAAGGCAAAGGCAAGGAUCGGAGUUGGUAG